AGCUCAGCGCCUGAUGAAGAGCACGGGAGCCCGCGGGCUGACACCCCCAGCACCAUCACCGAGGUGGACAUGGACCUGGACAGCUACCAGACAGCCCCGGGGAGGUGCUGACCUGGCUGCUUUCUGCCGAGGACACGUUACAAGAGCAGGACGACAUUUCAGAGGACGUGGAGGAAGUCAAAGAGCAGUUUGCCACCCACGAG